AUGACGACGUUCUGCGCACACUUUCCCCCAUCCGAGCUGCUACCCGUCACCUCCUCCCCCAUCACCACCCGACGCACCAACUGCCGCAAACCCCUCUACCGCUUCAGCUACGGCAAAGACAAGAUCACUCUCGCGACACCGUGCUUCGAGCACGGCUGCAACACCUGCUCCCUGCGCCAGCCCGCCGUCGGCGCCUUCCACGACGACAACACCAGCAUCAUCUCGCCCUGCACCACGCUCGCCUGCCUCACUGACGAAGAGCUUCUGCGCCAUCGCCAGGAAGCCUGCUACCGCAACGUCCAGGAAAAACUUCGCAAGCUCAGCAUACUACACGUGCGCAACGCGCCACCGGUCAAGAUGAGGACCAAGACAGUUCGCGCCGUGAAGAGCGGUCGUGUGGAGAAGAAGAAGGCCGAUAUGGGAGAUGACACGCCGAAGCCCCAGCAGCGCAAGACGACCAGCGACAAGUCCGGAGCCCGCUUCCGCAACAGACUUGUCCUGAGGUUCCAUGGAAAGACGGAUGCGUCCAAGAUGCUGUCGAAUGACUCGGAGAAUGUGGAGAACCAGCAACGCGAGAAGCAGCUGGUCGUGCUGAAGUUUCAACGUCACGUCGAGGAGUUCGCAAAGCUUUCGGGGGAGAUCGAGAAGAAGACGGCACAGUCGACGCAAGGACAGAGGCUCUUCCUGGUCAUUGGCAAGGGCGAUAAGUUGAGCUGCUUCUGGAAGUAG